AUGGAUGGUGCCCUGGGAGUACUGGCCGAGAAUCAACAGUCACUUUCCAAGGCUGCCUUUGGGUUGGAUUCCAUGUCCUUGGCGUCAAGUCCUCCUAGCGCGCUGGACCAGCCUUGGCACACGGGGUGUCUGCGCUGCUGUCUUUGCGGCGCAGGGCUCGACUCGCAAGCAUCUUGUUUUGCCCGAGAAGGACGAAUCUACUGCAGGGACGACUACCUCAGGGCGUUCGUGCGAUGCUGCGCGUGCGGCGCGGCGCUGUCCCCUCGUGACCUGGUGAUGCGCGUACGGGGCGGGCUGGCCUUCCACGUCGGCUGCUUCCGCUGCGCCAGCUGCCUAUGCCCGCUGCUGAAAGGCGACGUGUUCGGCAUGCGCGACAACAGCGUAUUCUGCAAGCUACACUUCCAGGACACCGCGCUGCUAGCAGAGCGAAACAAGCGUAUGCGCACCUCCUUCAAGCACAGUCAGCUGCGUGCCAUGAAGGCCUACUUCACUGUCAACCACAACCCUGACUCCAAGGACCUGAAGCAGCUGUCUCUACGCACGGGGCUCAGCAAGCGGGUGCUGCAGGUGUGGUUUCAGAAUGCACGAGCCAAGUGGCGCCGGAACUUGCUGCGCCAAGCGAGCCACGGACCCGAGAUUGCGCAAGACUCGAGCCCGCUCCAGGACCUCGGCGCCACCAUCACGCUAGAGGAGCAGACUAUUCACUCCUACGCGAACCUCUUCUGAGCCCUGCCCAUAGCGUUUAGCUGCGCUUGUUCGCUAAAAAAAUGUUGAAAGCCAUUAUUUAGAAUAUCGCAAUUAUAACAUGCGCAAACCGCCGUCUAGACUAGAAAAGGAUACUCGCGCAAGGCGACGAAGCGAUGACUUUCUUUACCGGACAUUUGGUGAUAUCGCGGCACAGAUCAUGGCAUCUCUGCGUCCCCGUCUCAUCUAGACUGUAGUCUCGGCUACGGAAAACGAGGCGCCCUUGUUAGUGUACAGUUUGAAACAUCGAAGAGUGCUCGGCGAGCGCUUGUGUCCUCCUUAUGUUGAAAGCAUAGCUCAGCACUCUGCCAGAAGCAGGCUUCUGAGACGGGUUUAAACGUCAUAGGCGAGGAAAGAGCCAUGCAAUAGUUGCAUGUCCUGCAGGUAUUACAAAUAUGCCGUUUAAAAGGACUUCACUUACACAGUAUUAUUUCCUGAUUGACCAGCGCUUAGGCGCCUGUCACUUAAUAUAUGAAUAGGCGUGAUAGCGAGAUGGUCCCCGCAUCGAUGGCCAAUCACGGAUAGCACUUGGUACAACGUUCUUGAUAAGGUGCACAAUAACAUCGAACGUUUGGUAAGCUUAUCACUUUGGUGAAGUAAUUUCUUAAUGAAAGUGGUAGUGGCGAAUUCUAGAAGCUAAAUAGUCGACAUGCCUUAGAACAUUACAAUUGGUGAAGGCCCUCUAAGAAAGAAACACUGAAGCAUCUUCGAAUGAAGCAAAUGGAAGUCCUCCUAAAUGGAGCACAAUUUGAAAAAUAUAAUUACCAAAAAAAUGAGGGAAGUUCACGUCUACUCAUCGCCCCAAAAUAUCCUUCAAUUGAUUAUACGCACUUUAGUGACAAAUUUUGCUAAAAGUAGUUUGCAAGGGCAGAGUAAGCGAAAAAAUAAAUAAAAAGAAGACCAUUGACGUGUAUACAUGCCUUGCCUUUUGUCUUGGACCGCGCGUAAGGUCGCACCCACUCAAUGCUCAUGUCUGUUUUAUGUUGUUGCAAAGCAGAGCAUAGAACAAUACACUCAGUUUAAGAAAAAAUGGUUCGCUGGUUAAUCGGUAAUAUGAACCCAAGGGAAAAGACUUGCGGCCAUCCUUGUCAAACAGUGAUAAUUAACAAAAAUUUUGAAUUUCGCUUAGUGGAGUUAUGAGACUCACCAAGAGGACAAAAAAAAAAAAAAAAAAAGUCAGGCCCGGCCAGUGGUGAGAUAAUUGGUUGCUUCUACAUAUAUACGUGUUCGCUCGACAUAGAACAUAGAGUUUAUCGGGCGAAAUUUGCCUGCCCUUAACUGAACCUUUCCAUAUUACGACCGCUGUUCGCAGCUCCUGAUGCACUAAAAGGGACAGCUUUCGCACGUUCUGAGCACCUGAUACGCUGAAAAAAUGAGGUGAAAUGAAUGCAAAAAACACGCGCUAGUUUAUCAGCGCUUUAGACCAAGGACUACAGCGCUCUGUAAGGAAAUACGAGAUCACAAUCUAUCGUACGACUGUAAACGUGUGAGGCGCAAAUGUUUCUAGUCAAUACACCAAACUCUUAUACACAGUCACUUGAGCAACGACGUACUUUGUUUUCUUCCCAUGACGGAGACAUUGUAAUGACUGUAGCAGUGUUUCUUGAUAUUUCUCCCCAGGCUGCUAUGAUUAUUCUAUAUAAAUACGAGGUAGAUCAGCGGUUGCAUAAUGCCUUGAGGAUGUAGGAACAAAGUGGUUAGUUGUCACGCAGAAAGAUACAGAAAUUAUGCGCAUGUGACGUGUCUCUACGACUUCCUUAUAUACAGGAAUAAAGAAAAGAGGUUCUUAUUUUUUCUUUUAUUCCACAGAAAAUGUACUGGAUGCAAGCGUUAGGCAAGCAAGUGCGAGCGACAAGUCGACUGUUGCGAGCUAUCUCGUCACAAUAUAGUCUUUAGUGGAAGCUCUACAAGACUUUAGAGAUUGUUUAGCGCAUAGCUUAUUGUCAUCGCUUUGGGCUUGGCCAUACACCACAUGAUAGCUUCCAGAAACAAAACAUUUCGCCUUGUUAGCUUGUUCACUGUACCACUGGCAGCUACAAGUCCGAUGAAAUAUCUGACGUCCGGAACCGCGUACGGGUUCCUUGUUCACCGAGUUGGACAGGAAAUUGUCGUCACUUAUGUAGCCAUCAAGGGAAGUAACGAGCAUGCGGAAAUGACAGGUAUAGUACCUGCUGUCCAGUUCAUCGUAGCUGGCGUCGACUGAAUGAUUAGCGAUUCUAGGAGCCGCCGGAAUGACAUGUUCUUUUCCUUGGCGACAACAGUUGCGUUGUUCCAGUCAAUCUUGUGAUUAUGUUUUUUGCGCAUGCUCGGCAAUGGCGUUCGUCGUCUGACUGUGAUUUCUUACGUCACGUUUGUGUUCCUUGAACCAUCUGGAGAACUUCCCUGUUUCGCCAAUAUAUAGUU